GAGAGAGGGCGAAGCGCUGCUCCUCACCGUCCGCUUUGCCUCGGCAGCUCAGCGGCCCCGGCCCGAGCGAUGGAGCGCUAUCACAUCCUGGAAAUGAUCGGCGAAGGCUCCUUCGGGCGCGUGUACAAGGGGCGCCGGAAACACAGCGCCCAGGUGGUGGCCUUGAAGUUCAUCCCCAAGGUGGGGCGGUCUGAGAAGGAGCUGAAGAACCUGCAGCGAGAAAUUGAGAUCAUGAGAGGCCUCCAUCACCCCAACAUCAUCCAGAUGCUUGACAGCUUCGAGACUGAUAAGGAGGUGGUGGUUGUGACUGACUAUGCAGAGGGGGAGCUCUUCCAGAUCCUGGAGGAUGAUGGGAGUUUGCCUGAGGACCAGGUCCAGACCAUUGCUGCCCAACUGGUCUCCGCUCUCUAUUACCUGCACUCCCACCGCAUCCUGCACCGAGACAUGAAACCCCAGAACAUCCUGCUGGGCAAAGAUGGUGUUGUCAAGCUCUGUGACUUUGGGUUUGCCCGUGCCAUGAGCAUCCAUACCAUGGUGCUGACCUCCAUCAAGGGCACCCCACUGUACAUGUCCCCUGAGCUGGUGGAGGAGCGGCCGUAUGACCACACAGCAGAUCUCUGGUCUGUGGGCUGCAUCCUGUACGAGCUGUUUGUGGGCACUCCUCCCUUCUACACCAACAGCAUCUUCCAGCUUGUCAGCCUCAUCGUCAAGGACUCUGUCAAGUGGCCCACGGCCAUGAGCCCGGUGUUCAAGAGCUUCCUUCAGGGAUUACUAAUGAAGGACCCCCACCAGCGCCUCUCAUGGCCAGAGCUGCUCUCUCACCCCUUCAUUGCUGGACAGGUUACUGUGAUUGAUGACACAGAAGAGCAUGGGAUCUCAAACCCCUUUACAACCAAGCUGUCCCCAGAAUUGCAGGCCCUGAAGGAACAGAAAGCCCAUUCCAUGGUCCCCAGGAGCAGCCAGUCCAGGAUCCAGAGAAAGGCCCAGCAGAAGAUGGUUGAAGAGGCACAGAAAAAGGGGCAACUGAAGGAAGGUGAUGCAUCUAUGAAGGACUCUGGCAAUGGACACCUCAGGCAUAGACCCAGAGCAGCUCCAGGCAAGGCAGCCCCUGAGAAGGGGGAGCCACUGGCUGCCUCCAGUGAGAAUAACUCUGGUUUCCUGCAAGGAAAGAGCAGCAUGGCAGAGUGGGAAUUGGAGGAUUCUCUUCCUGACCCAUGCCAGCAUAGCAUCUCUUCAGACUAUGAGCGGGAGUUUCCUGGAGCAGGUGCCCCUCCACAGCUGGAUACUGGCAGGGCAGAGCUCUGGGGCAGGCGCAGCAUUGAGGCCGUGGACCUGGAGAGUGAGGAGCUGGAGAGCGAUGAGGAGUGGCAGCACCUGAUUGAGGCCACUGAGCCCUCGGCCAUGCAGCUGAGCACACCACUGAGCCUCCUGAGGGACCCAGCCUUUCAGAACCGUGUCCUGGACUGCCUGGCAGACUCUGCUCAGCAGGUGCUGGAAGGGAUGCUGGAGGGGGCCUCCCAUCUCCGUCCUGUGCUUCGUGUUGUGGGCAACCUCCUGGCUACCCAGUGUGACUCUGAGCUGCUGGACCACUUCUGCCGAGAAGUGAAUGUGCCUCUGUCCCUGCUGUGUUUAGCCAAGCAGAUCCUGGAGAGUGGUUGCACCAAGCAGCAGCCCUGGUGUAUCGCUGUGCUGACAGACCUCCUCAUGGUGACCACAGUUUAUUUCAGCAGUGAAUGCAGCUUGGAGGAGAGUGGUCAAAAGGACAGCCUACAGACCUUCCAGGAGAGUGCUGGCUGCUUCCUGGCCCUGCUGCCAGAGCUGCUGACUGAGCCAGUCGACAGUGAGAUGAGACUCUGCCAGCAAAGCCUCCUGUGCUUCACCCAGCUCUGUGAGAGCCUGGAUGCGACAGACACCUCCAUCUCUGCACCCUUCUAUGCCAGCCUGCGAGAGGAGCAUCAGCCACUGCUGAACAGACUCCUUCAGGGAUCCAUCUCAGAGCAGCCUGCUCUGCAAGGUGCAGCGAUGGAGGCCAAGUCAGACCAGAGCCCAUGUGUGGCAGACCUCUUCAUGUCUGCACUGGCUGCUGCCUGCAGUGUCCCCCUGGAAAGGAACAGCUGUCGGGAAGCCAAGCAGCAGGUCGCUCAGGCAGUAGCUGAAAAGCUUAUGGAAGGAGAGAGCCAGCAGCUUGGGAAACUGCUGGGAAGACUGGAGCACUCAAGCUGCUCCUUGGACAUAUUGAAGAUCCUCUACGCUGGCUGCCAUGCCCACCCCAGCCUGUGCCAGCACCUGGGAAGGAGCCAAUGGCUGUGGGGUUCCCUCAUGCGGCUCUUGAAGGGUGAGAUCCCUGUGGUGGAGGUGGCCCAGGAGGCAGCCUGUGAGGCCUCUGUGUGCCUGCUAGCCCUGCUCACCCCGCACUUUCAGGCCUCCCCUCCCAGGCUUGAGGAGGUGGUUACCUUGGCUGUGGAUCUCAUCACGCAGUCUCCUGCUGUCUGCCUUGUGGGUGCUGCAGCAUUCCUCCUGGCACAGCUCAGUCAGCAUGGGGUGGCCUUGGAGCUCAAGGGAGAAGAGAUCCUACCAGUGGUGACAAAUGUGCUGACAGCAUCAGCUAAGCUGCAGCUCCCCCUGCCAAUGGGUGCUGGUCUCUAUGACGGGCUCUUUUGCCUCCUGCUGGAACUCCUUGCCCAGGAGGAUGUGGCCAUGGAGCAGGGCUUUGCCUCCUCAGAGCUGUGGAGCCUGGUCUGGCAUUGUGUUGCUGCGGUGCUUCAUGUGGGCAGUGACAGGGCAGCGCUGGAGGGAGAGCUCCCAGGGGCAGGCCACCCCAUGGCAGAGCCAGACUGGAACCUCCUCUCCCCUCAAGGCAUCCUGCUCUUCCUCAGCCUGGUGCUCUGCAUCUUCACUCGUGAGUCACACCAGUGCCUGCCUCAGCUCACCCAGUCUCAUGGUGUCCUCAUGGUGACCCUGAAGAGACUGCUGUCCCCUGGCUUCCUGGAAUGCCUGGCACAGAUGCAAGCAGGAGAGGAUGGGGACCCCGAGGUUGUCCCAGCUGUGGUCAUCCAGGCCUGCCAGCUCCUCUGUUUCCCUUUUGCCCUGGAUGUGGAUAGAGACACCUUAGCACUGAUCAUGCAGGCUGUGAGAGAUACCCAGAUCCCUGCCCAGCUGCUGCAGGCCUGCUCUCGCCAUCUGCCCUUCUCAUUCACGGAGCUCCCCAUGAGCCUCUUGUGCCACCUCGUUGUAUCUGACAUGCAGGUCAUAGACCAAGUGGUGAGGGAAGCUGCCACCUCGGAGCAUGUCAUUGCCUUUUUGAAAUCUGCCUUGUUCUCAGACAACCUCACACUCACAACUGACCUCCUGUCUCUCUUGACCCACGUGGCCCGGGCCUGUUCGGAGCAUCUGUCGUUUCUCCAGAGGAUCCUGAGAGGCUUGGAUGUGGCUGACCAGCCACUGACCUACCUGCUCGACCACCAGCAAUACCCGAUACGGGCCAAAACCUGCAACCUGCUGGGCAACCUGCUCCGGCACGGCUUUCCCGCGGCGCUGCAGAGCCAUCCCGGCUGGCUGGAGAGCCUGCUGGGGUGCCUGUCGGACGUGGAGGGCAGCGUGCGCAAGGCAGCCAGCUUUGCUGUAGGCAACGUCGCCGGACACGAGUCCUGCCCGGCCGGGACCCUGCGCAGAGCCGUACCCGCCCUGGCCCGACUGCUCAGCGACCCGCAGGCCCAGACACGCUGCAACGCGGCCCUGGCCCUGAGCAACCUGGGCCAGCGCGGGGCAGAGCUCGGCGACCUGCUGAUCCAGAGCAGGGCCCCCCACCUCCUGCUGCAGGUGGCCUGCCAGGACCCCCGGGAGAGCGUGCGGGAGGGAGCCCUCGUGGCGCUGCGGGUCCUCAGCGAGCACGCCGGGAUCCAGCAGGUGCUGCUGUCCCUCGGAGCCCCCGACAGGCUGGCCGCACUGGCUGGCGGCAGCCCCCGGCCGCCUCAUGCCCGGCACUGCGAGGAGCUCCUCCGCCGGCUCGCAGCCGUGCCCGGCCCCUCGUGUCCCCGCCGGCCGCUGCCCGGCACCGGCGCCGAGCGCUGACGCCCGGGCAUCCCGCCAUGGCAUCGGCGUUUCCCUCGUCCUCAGCCCGACCUUCCGUGGAACCCUCGUUGUCCGCCCGAGAGGGACCCGGCCCAGCCGGCUUUACCCGGGGCAACCCCCGUGGGAAGCCGGCCCUGGGGAAAAAAGAAAAAAAUCGUUCCUUAGGGAAGCGCCCCUUUCCCGACGGCUCCCGGUGCCCUGGGCUCGCUCCGCCGCGCCGCCAGGGGGCGGUGCAGCCCGCUGCGCGGGGGCUGCCGGGAGGUGUAGUCACGUGGGCCCGCCGGCUCCCCAUGGUAACGGCGGCGGCGGGUCCGGCGGGCGGUGAGUACGGCGAGUACGGCGGGGCCCUCGGCGCCGGGGCCCUGCUCCCCGGGGCAUGCGUGUCUCCCUGAGUGGCACCCUCAGGGUCCUCCCACCGGGCCAUACGACCUUUGGCCCCCCCGCUGCCUCCCCCGGCCCCUCCUGCCCCACCACCGUGCUCCGGCCCCGAGGAGGCACCGUGCUUCCCCCCCCCACCCCGGCCUCCUCGCGGGGCUCGCCGUGGCCCUGUUCCAGGCCCCACUCGGGAGCGCUCUGUAGCGGGAAAUGCUGGGGCUGGCGGCCUGGCAGACCGUCCUGGAGCAGUACAGAGCAUCCUGGUAGCACCUUUGGCCUCUAAGACUUUCACUUGAAGAAAUGAGGCAUAGGGCGUAUUCUCCGGGCGAGUGGCAGGGAGUGAGUAGAGCUGGUUCCCCAGCCAGCCACAGCCCCAGGAAACCUCUCCAAUGGCACUUGGAGCAGCUGUGAGGCUGGAGCUGGGAUUGACCAGGCUGCAGUGGAGCACUGGGCCAGCCUUGCUGUUCAUCCUUCCGUUGGGAUCUUGGCUUGACAGCUCUCGCGUUGUAAAAAGAAGCCGAUGGGUCUGAAAGGUGAAAGGCAAAGCUGAGUUGAAACAAGCCUUGAGUGUUUCAUGGAUGCCUCCAGGGUCUGGGCUGAGAAUGAGAGGCACAGGUGUGUGAAGCCCUGUAGCACUGUUCCAGCCUCCUGUCACCCUGCCCAGCUGGGCUGUGGGGAGCUCGUGGGAGGCAGAGUUCAGCACCACAGCUCCACAUCAAAACCCUGCCUCCGUGACUCCCUGAGAUGCUACUUCUCUUGCUCAUUGUGGUGUGUUCCUCGCUGAACAGGCAGGUGACACCUAGUGGCUUCUGAACAGUUUGGGAGAAUUAACAAUGAAUUGUUGGUCUGACUACAGUUUUAUCUAAUGAGUUUUCCUUGAUUCUUAGAGUUUGUACCCAGCAGAUAGUAGCACUCUCUUCUUGCCUUGCUGCAGUCAUUAACUUUUGUGUUAGGUGAAGUUUGUUGAUGACAGAUAGGCCCCUCCUGCUCCUCAGUCAUACCUGGGGCCCUUCUUAGAACAGCAAGGAGGAGCUGAGGGGACAAAUAUCACUGUCCCCAGAUAAUGAUACCUGCGUGAUGUCAUGUCACAGGCACAGGACGUACACUUUGGCUGCUGUGCCACCCUAACUGGGCGCCACUCCUUGGCAUUUUCUGGAUUUGUCCCGGGCAUCCAACCUGGGAGUAUUUGGCAGCUUCUUCUCAACUUGAAUCUCUGUUUCUUCUCCAUUCCUGAGCUCUGAGAGAUUGCUGUAUGGAGUGAGGUUUUUACCAUGCCUCCAGAGGAAUUUUUCCCACCCCUGUCAUGGACUUGGAAGUGUCCUCAGCACAUAUUGAAAGACAAACCUGGGAACCUUUUUUUCUGCCUGUAGAUAUAUUUCAGUAAAAAGUAUCAAGAGCAGAAGAUGGACAAAAAAUUUAUGUGUUUUGAACUAAUUGGGUAGUUCUUGUCUCAUUGCUGUGUGUUGAUAUUUUAUACUUGUUCCACUCACUCCAAAUCUUCCACUUUUAUUUCUCUACUAAAGGCCAGACUGCCUAAGACCAGACGGAGCUGUGCUGACCACAUAUCAAUUCCUGCACUGGUAGCCAAAGUCUUCACAGGUCUUACUGUGUAAUUCUCCUGUACUUUUUCUCCCAUCAUGAAGAUCAAUUGCUGUCCCUUCAGUUUGGAUCUUCAGGAAGGGGCUUUAGCCCCUUUUCACCAAGGGGCUCUGUGGUGAAAUGCUGUUAAACACCCCAUGGUUUAGCUUGUUGCUUUUAACCCAGACUCGCUUCCCUGCUCUUGUUUUACACUGCAGCACAGCUGCUCCUGUAGCCCAUACGAUGAGAAAGUACAAAUGGGAGCAAGGGCAGGCACUUCCCAGCUUCACUGCUGGAGAAACAGAGCUGCAUGAUCAACUGUCACUGUGCAGCGUGUCCACUUUGGGACCUGGGGAAUCUGCCAGGGAGAAAAGGUGAUAUCCUUGGGGGAUUCCACACCCUGCACCUUUCACCCUUUGCUAUGGCCCCCACACUGUCUGGUCACAACCAGGACGGCCCUCCCGGUGUAAGGACUGAGACAACCCUUUAUUUUAGAUGUCCCUGGUGCACUGUCUCCAUGGCAAAGCUGCAGCCCUGGAUUGUCUUCCUAACGAUGGAAUCCUGCACAUCAUCUGGCUUUGUGCUCCAGUGUCCUGAGAGUGGUGGGAAAGUCCCAUGUGAACUCAGUCCCCAGCCCAGCCUGUGUGUGCAUAGAGGGAGGCAUUUGCUGCAGCACAGGGUGAGGUUGUGGCUGGAUUCCAGCUCUCCCAUGGCUUGGUCCAGUGCCUUGCUGCCCCUAAGGAGGUCUGCCUCUACCUCGGGAAUGGGAGUGAACACUGGAGCUGUUCUGCUUCUCUUGCAGGGCAGCGUUCUGCUUAGGUAAAGGAUCAUUUUGCACAGCCAUACACUUCUCAAUAUCUCCUUUGUUCAGUGUGGAGUGGAGUUCAGCACUGCAGCUGUUGAAUAGAAAUUACUAUCCCCAGCACAAAGCUGGACACAGAUGUAAUCCUAAAAUGCAGGUGGAAUUUGCUGAUGCAUCCCCAUAGUGGGUGGUUUCUCACUGGUAUCUUUAGACCUGAGUGGCCAAGCAAAAACUUGUCAUCUUGAUUAGGAGACAAAUUGUCUGUCAUCCUCUCAUUUUGCACCCAAAAUGUGGUUCUGCAGGAUGAUACCAGAGCUGAGAGAGAACAACAGUGCUUAACUGUGUGGCAAAGCAGCAUGACUCUUGGUCCCUGUGCCACUGGCAUUUUUGUGUUGGCCGAGCUGUCUCUGAGCUGUUUUGUCCUCAUGGAUGACUUCUUGCGGCCAGCAGAACUCUCUGCUCUUCAGCUUGAACUUGUGGGUGAACUUGGGCAUUGCUUUGUCUUAGUGUGUGACUGCACUUGAGGCAAUUUGUUUCUUGGAGCUGAGGUAGGGGAGGGCUGUUUUUGUGCUGUUGAAACACAAGUUUGUACCCAGCUACCAGGUGUUGGAGCAGCUUUAGGCACUCAAUCAGUUGGUUUCAGAUCAAUGAUGUUGAUCUUGUUCAAAGUUUUAAAAUUUUUUGAAGGGGUACAAACUCUUAUUUUGAAAUAUAUUCAUUUUAAAACCUG